UUGUUAUUCAUUCUUCGAGGGUAACAGCACACUACAGAGCAGGUAUGUAUUCUCUUCAAUAUUUCGUUCUUUUAUUCGUCCGACUCGACAUAGAUUUAAGACUUGUCAUAUUUGUGUUUGAUAAUAGAUGUAAUUUCUUAAGCCAAUAUAAAGGCAAUAUUACGUUUUGUUGGUUUAGUCGCCCAUGUAAACUAAGUUGGGGAUUCUCUUUGCUUGAGUCACUCAUUGUCAUCUGUCGAGAAAAUAUUAAAUUAUGACAAGAUUAAUAUUCGAUAUUACAAAUGAAACGUUUAUCACGAAUCGCUUAAAUUAGUAGAGCGUAUUCAAUCAAUUAAACAAAUGGCGCACUUUUGACUUAUUAAAAUUAACACUUUUGACGCUCUCGCGCGGCAUUUAUAUACAACUCUGCGCAAUACACUCGACAGUCGACAACACAUGAAUACUAAUAAAUGAGUCGUAGCGGACAUGCGCAAGUUUAUAAGUGUCCAUCACAAGUUGUAUUUAUUAUUUUAAUAGAAUAAUAGACUAUUAUACGCUUUGUCUUAUGAGCGCACUUGAGCGUAGAAUUAUUAGACUGAUAUCAUAAAAGGAAAGGAGAACUGUGGAUGAACACAAUUAAAGAAUAUCAUGGUAUUCAUAUUUUGGCCACGUUUCGUUUAAUUAAGAUCGGAAUGGAUGAAAGUGCAACGGAAUUUGAAUAGUCAUGCACACUUGCGUCAUUUUCUGCAAUCGUCGAGCGCAUCGUUCUGAGCAUUAUAUGACCGAUACAACGAAUACGGAAUAAUUGAUACGCCUACAGUAUGACAUAUUCGUUUCUGUCAAAAUCAUUUCCGUUCGUCAGACAGUUAUUUGAGCGAAUAUCACGAAUAAACAUCGAAGCAGUCAUACGCGAGCUCGUAUAUGCGAGGGCAUUAGGGCAAAGCCAAAGGUUGUAACACACUGUCAAAAAUCAGCUUAAACCCCCCAAGAUCUUGCCAAGUUUGAAAUUAAACAAGCUUUGACAUUCUUUUUCACUAUUUUCAGUUUAAAUACGAGACUUUGAUCCAUCAACGUGGUGUUACUAACUAUAACACCUGUAUAUAAAAUCAUAGAAUAUGAUGAAUAUACAGUAGAUUGAGUAUAAAAAGCAUUCUCCUCGCAAGCUAUACAUACAUCCAAACGCAGUUUUGAAAUGUCGGAAAUUGAGACGUCUUAUUUUAUAAUCCAAACACUGUGCCUGUCAGCCUGUGGCAAGUCUGGCAGUCUGCAAAUAGCAAAUUCAAGAACAGAAUUGGAAUUUGAACUUUUCUCUGCGGUGUUAUAGGUAAUAUAGCCGUUUAAAUUGGCCGUUUUUCGCAACGAAAAUAAUUGAAAAUCUCAUAAAACUAUAAAAGAUCGUGUGGUGGAAAAGAUGUUGUGACGUCUCAAUAGGACCUACAAUGUUUGCUAUGACAGGGUGUCCCAAAAAACCCCGAAUUGUUAGAAUUGUUAUUGUUAAAUGUUUAUAUUGUGAAAUAACGUAUAUUGUUAGAAUUUGAAUUCCCUGCACUAAGCUGAACGCAAAGAUGCGUAAAAUAUUGACAGUGUGCAUAUUAUAAAUAUUGACUUAAGAAAUUAAAAUAUCCUUGUAAAGCGUUGAUGGAAGCCGGAGGAUAUUCGUAAACGGUUUUCAUAAAAUUGCCCCCCCCCCCCCCGAAACGUGAUGAAAUGCUUCGUAUGUGACAAUAUCGAGGCUUUUUGAAUUUUUCAAUAUCUCAAAUUGAAAUCUGGGUACCAAGUAUUUUUAGAAAACAAAACAUACUCAGUCCCGAAUCGAAAUUCUAAACCUUCAUUAAUAAACAAUUUCAAGAAAAAAUGUUUCAAGAAAAAAAUUAAAUUAUGACAAAUCCAAAAAUACAGUAGAUCUCAUUUUUUCAUAUAUGUCAUUAUAUAGUCUGCGCGCAGGCUAGCACCUACGGACCUACCCACGAAUAAAUUUGCCACUUCUCAUACAAGCAAGUUUUAUUUCAGCAGUGGGUGGACUGUCAUGGCGAACUCUUUGACUGUUUUGACCUUCGCUUUGGUCCUAGUGGGAUGUGCAAGUGCUCUGAAGAAAUGUGAAAUAACGCCGCACAUAUCACAGCCUCCUAUAUCUUGGAGAAAAGGAAAUGUAAUUCUCGUUGCUUUGCUCAAAGGUUCAUGACGAUUGUGUCAACGUUAUGCUGCACUCUUACAAAGAGUGCAUAAAAACAUGUUGAAGUAAGUUCUUGACAUAUCGAUAAAACGAGUUUUGAUGCUUACGAAAACCAUCUCAAGUGGUAAUAAUUAAUUGAGUGGCUUUCAUAAACUUCAAUUAAGAACCGUUUUAUUUCAUGUACUUAUAGUUAAGUACCUAAUAAGCCAACUGAAAGUUAAGUAGUUUGAAUUUCAUUCGCUUUUAAACCCGGGCGGUCAAAUGAGAUGAGAGUGAGUCACGCAUUGUUACGGGCGACAUUUCGAGUUCAACAUUAACCAAAUAAAGACGACGAGUGUUCCAACCAUGACCAUGUUUCAUUUAUUUUAUUAUUUAUUAACUUUACAACUUUUUAUACAUGAACAAAUAUAUACUAGAAAUUAAAUUUAAGAAUAUACACUGAUAUAUGAAGGAAAGGAAUACGGUUGAAGGUAUAUUUAAUCAACAGGACAAGAAUCCUAUAUUACACCAACUCUUUCUUGGGAUCCAAGAAAGACAUCACAACCAUAGUUAUAACAUAUUUAGGGACACAAACACACAUUAACACACUAGUAUAUUUGAACCCAGAACUAUCGAACACAAUCUUGGAAAACAUUAGGAACAGCUAACCAAGGUUGUGUGACUCGCAAGUGGCAACUCUCAUCCUCCUUUGAUGAGGGCUAGAUUGUGGACCAUGGCUGUCCAUGCUUAAUGGAUUUACACAAUGUUUCAUUUCUAGGCCGCAGGUGAACGGGUUUGGUAUGUGAAAACGCGACGUUCCGUGCAAACAAGCCGAUACCGCCAUAUGAGUGUUCGGACAUUUCAUCUUCAUUAACCCUUAACUAAUGCGCGAAUGUAGUUCUUCGAACUUUACACUCAGAUUAUGAUCAUUAACUGUAGUAGAAACUAAACUGAUAUUCUUUGGCAGGUUGUAUAAAAACGUAGUUAAUCACAUGGUUAUCUGCGCGUGGCCGGGUCUUGAAGUAAGAUGUGAUUAACGUCCGCUGACAAGCAUUUUGGCAUGAUUGUGGAUUCGCAUUUCGCAAAUAAGAGGGAAUAUUAAUUUGAUUCAAAAUAGUAAAAAAUAAACAAGAAAUCAAAGCAAAAGCAAGACGAAGGCAGUUUUUCCGUGAGAUGUCUACGUUAAACCAAAGUGUUGCUGUUUAGCAAUUAUAUCAGUGUUUCUUCGCGUAUAUGGCAGCUUAUGGCUCCUACAGACUCCUACUUCGUCUUCGGGAAAUCUUCUUGUGCAAAAAUAUGUUCUGUUUUCGCAAAAAAACCGAAGCGAUAGCGUUUCAAGAGUUUAUAAUUGUCAAGAAACAUUCACAGGGAAGAUACUUCAAGAUAGCGAUUGAAAAUCCCAGAUAAGAGUGGCUUUUCAUUAUUGUCUUGCUGAAAAUGUCAUUACUCCUAACUGAAGCGCCAUUUUUAACUACGUUUUGAGAUGUUAGCGAUACCCUUGGGCUUGGACAUAGUUAACUGAACUGCUGUACUUUUUAACUGCAGUUAACGCUAACUACACUUUUAUACAACCAACGUAACUACGUGGAUCAAGUUAACUACUAUUUAAUUAACUACAAAACGGGUAGUUGCAUAGUAGUUAACAGUUUUAUACAACAGUCCCCUGUUUUUUACUGUAGAUUUUAUUAAUUUAAAAUUAUAGCAAUCAGUAAAUAAAUAAUUUUACCAUAGAUGAGUGAUCAGAGCGCUCCUGCUUCAUAUAGGUCUUAAUUCUUAAAUGCAUUUACAACCGCUUCAUUGUUCGAAAUUUCCACGCACAAAAUAUCUUCAAUCUUGUAUUUCAGGUACAACGUUUCAUUCGUGGCAGUCAACGAAAGAGGUGAUAACCACAUCUCAAUAUUAAAAAAAAUCGUGAGCUUCCCAGUGUAUCAAGAUACAACAUCGUGGAACUUAUGGUCAAAACUUGCUGGUGGGAAAGAUCAUUUCUUGAUAUUUGAUAAAUGUGGUCGUCUUAUCGCGCAUAUGAAGAGACCAGAUAUUAGGAAAUUUUUCAAGAAGACCUGGUAA